AUGCAACUGAAGCCUGUAGGACCCCCAGUUCCCACCCAGAAACGUUUUAGAGAGACAUCUAGCAACAAUCGCCCUGUUGCUGAACAUGUGGCAGAUCAAAACAAGCAUUUUGAGGUGGGAACAGCAGAAAAUCAUCUUAGACCCCACAUCAACAUAACAAAGACUUCAAAGGACAAGCAAGGAGUACCCAUCAGCAAGGAGCACACAUCAGCAUGGAGCACACUUCAGCAGGGAGCAUACAUCAGCAGGGAGCACACAUCAGCAGGGAGCACACAUCAGCAGGGAGCACACAUCAGCAGGGAGCACACAUCAGUAGGGAGCACACAUCAGCAGGGAGCACACAUCAGCAGGGAGCAUACAUCAGCAGGGAGCACACAUCAGCAGGGAGCACACAUCAGCAGGGAGCAUACAUCAGCAUGGAGCACACAUCAGCAGGGAGCACGCAUCAGCAGGAGCAUGCGCGGUAUGGAGAAUCCAGUAGCAUCAGCAGCAAUCAGCCAGCAGUAUCCAGUUGCAGCAGCAGGCGACAGCGAGCAGUAUCCAGAGAACUGCCAGCAGUACCCAUCAGCAGUCAUCAGGCGAGCGGUACCCAUCAGCCACCAGCCAGCAGUAACCAUCAGCAGUCAUCAGGCAGCGGUACCCAUCAGCAGCCACCAGCCAGCAGUACCCAUCAGCAGUCAUCAGGCAGCGGUACCCAUCAGCAGCCACCAGCCAGCAGUACCCAUCAGCAUCCACCAGCCAGCACAACCAUCAGCAGUCACCAGCCAGCAGUACCCAUCAGCAGUCAUCAGGCAGCGGUACCCAUCAGCAGCCACCAGCCAGCAGUACCCACCAGCAGUCACCAGCCAGCGGUACCCAUCAGCAGUCACCAGCCAGCAGUACCCAUCAGCAGUCACCAGCCAGCAGUACCCAUCAGCAGUCACCAGCCAGCAGUACCCAUCAGCAGUCACCAGGCAGCAAUACCCAUCAGUAGCCACAAGGCAGCAGUACCCAUCAGCAGUCACCAGCCAGCAGUACCAUCAGCAGUCACCAGCCAGCAGUACCCAUCAGCAGUCACCAGCCAGCAUCACCAGCCAGCAGUACCCAUUAGCAGUCACCAGCCAGCAGUACCCAUCAGCAGUCACCAGGCAGCAGUACACAUCAGCAGUCACCAGCCAGCAGUACCCAUCAGCAGUCAUCAGGCAGCAGUACCCAUCAGCAGCCACCAGCCAGCAGUACCCAUCAGCAGUCAUCAGGCAGCAGUACCCAUCAGCAGUCACCAGCCAGCAGUACCCAUCAACAGUCACCAGCCAGCGGUACCCAUCAGCAGUCACCAGCCAGCAGUACCCAUCAGUAGCCACACGGCAGCAGUACCCAUCAGCACUCAUCAGGCAGCAGUACCCAUCAGCAGUCAAGAGAGCAGUACCCAUCAGCACUCACCAGCCAGCAGUACCCAUCAGCAGCCAGGCAGCACCCAUCAGCAGUCACCAGCCAGCAGUACCCAUCAGCAGUCACCAGAGAGCAGUACCCAUCAGCAGCCACCAGCCAGCAGUACCCAUCAGCAGUCAUCAGGCAGCAGUACCCAUCAGCAGUCACCAGCCAGCAGUACCCAUCAACAGUCACCAGCCAGCGGUACCCAUCAGCACUCACCAGGCAGCAGUACCCAUCAGUAGCCACAAGGCAUCAGUACCCAUCAGCAGUCACCAGCCAGCGGUACCCAUCAGCAGUCAUCAGGCAGCAGUACCCAUCAGCAGUCACCAGAGAGCAGUACCCAUCAGCACUCACCAGCCAGCAGUCAUCAGCAACCACCAGCCAGCGGUACCCAUCAGCAGUCACCAGCCAGCGGUACCCAUCAGCAGUCAUCAGGCAGCAGUACCCAUCAGCAGUCACCAGCCAGCGGCAGCCAGCAGUACCCAUCAGCAACCACCAGCGCCCAGCAGUCACCAGCGGUACCCAUCAGCAGUCAUCAGGCAGCAGUACCCAUCAGCAACCACCAGCCAGCGGUACCCAUCAGCAGCCACCAGCCAGCAGUACCCAUCAGCAACCAUCAGGCAGCGGUACCCGUCAGCAGUCACCAGCCAGCGGUACCCAUCAGCAGUCACCAGCCAGCAGUACCCAUCAGUAGCCACAAGGCAGCAGUACCCAUCAGCAACACCAGCCAGCGGUACCCAUCAGCAGCCACCAGCCAGCAGUACCCACCAGCAGUCACCAGCCAGCAGUACCCAUCAGCAGUCACCAGAGAGCGUCCCAUCAGCAGUCAUCAGGCAGCAGUACCCAUCAACACCACCAGCGUGCCCCAUCAGCAGUCACCAGCCAGCAGUACCCAUCAGCAGUCACCAGCCAGCAGUACCCACCAGCAGUCACCAGCCAGCGGUACCCAUCAGCAGUCACCAGCCAGCAGUACCCAUCAGCAGUCACCAGCCAGCAGUACCCACCAGCAGUCACCAGACAGCAGUACCCAUCAGCAGUCAUCAGGCAACAGUACCCAUCAGCAGCGCCAGCCAGCAGUACCCACCAGCAAUCACCAGCCAGCAGUACCCAUCAGCAGUCACCAGAGAGCAGUACCCAUCAACAGUCACCAGGCAGCAGUACCCAUCAACAGUCAUCAGGCGGCAGUUCCCAUCAGCAGCCACCAGGCAGCAGUACUCAUCAGCAGUCACCAGGCAGCAGUACCCAUCAGCAGUCAUCAGCAGCAGCACCCAUCAGCAGUCAUCAGGCAACAGUAUCCAUCAUCAGCACCCAGCCAGCAGUACUCAUCAGCGGUCACCAGGCAACAGUAUCCAUCUGCAGCACCAGCCAGCAGUACUCAUCAGCAGUCACCAGACAGCAGUACCCAUCAGCAGUCACCAGCCAGCAGUACCCAUCAGCAACCAGCCAGCAGUACCCACCAGCAGUCACCAGCCAGCAGUACCCAUCAGCAGUCACCAGGCAGUACCCAUCAACAGUCACCAGGCAGCAGUACCCAUCAACAGUCAUCAGGCAGCAGUACCCAUCAGCAGCCACCAGGCAGCAGUACUCAUCAGCAGUCACCAGGCAGCAGUACCCAUCAGCAGUCAUCAGGCAGCAGCACCCAUCAGCAGUCAUCAGGCAACAGUAUCCAUCAUCAGCCCAGCCAGCAGUACUCAUCAGCAGUCACCAGGCAACAGUAUCCAUCUGCAGCAACCAGCCAGCACACCCAGCCAGCAGUACUCAUCAGCAGUCACCAGCCAGCUACCCAUCAGCAGUCACCAGCCAGCAGUACCCAUCAGCAGUCAUCAGGCAGCGGUACCCAUCAGCAUCCACCAGCCAGCAGUACCCACCAGCAGUCACCAGCCAGCAGUACCCAUCAGCAGUCAUCAGCCAGCAGCACCCACAUCAGCAUCCACCAGCCAGCACAACCAUCAGCAGUCACCAGCCAGCAGUACCCAUCAGCAGUCAUCAGGCAGCGGUACCCAUCAGCAGCCACCAGCCAGCAGUACCCACCAGCAGUCAUCACCAGCCAGCGGUACCAUCAGCAGUCACCAGCCAGCAGUACCCAUCAGCAGUCACCAGCCAGCAGUACCCAUCAGCAGUCACCAGCCAGCAGUACCCAUCAGCAGUCACCAGGCAGCAAUACCCAUCAGUAGCCACAAGGCAGCAGUACCCAUCAGCAGUCAACAGACAGCAGUACCCAUCAGCAGUCACCAGGCAGCAGUACCCAUCAGCAGUCACCAGCCAGCAGUACCCAUCAGCAGUCACCAGCCAGCAGUACCCAUCAGCAGUCACCAGGCAGCAGUACCCAUCAGCAGUCACCAGACAGCAGUACCCAUCUGCAGCAACCAGCCAGCAGUACCUAUCUUUUGUAGUCACCAUCGAUAG